AUGUUUAACAAAUCUUACUGCCUUAUUUUUUACAAUCAUUCCAUACUUCUCAUUGAUCUGCUAAACUUCUACUUUCUACCGAUCAGUUCACAGUGCAUUGAUCAAGGAUCACAUUAUCCUGAAAAUUUUGUUUGGAUUCAAGAUGAUCAUUUCAACGUGACGUGCAGAAAAGGUAAAAUUGAGGUGCUGAACUGUGUAAGUGACCGUGGUACUUUAAUACCUCUUAUGACACCAUCAUUCUGGGAAAACGAUAUCGAGUAUUCCUGUAUGGACGAUGAGAUCAGGAGUGAGGAAGGGUCAGGAGAAGACAUUUCCAAAUGCAGUGGUCGAGAAGAGUAUUAUCACAGUCAUUUCGUUAUUUCAUGCAUCACCAAUAAGUUCAUAGCGUGUUUGGAUAAAAAUGGUGACACUUUAAAAGAAGGGCUUUUUCUGUUGGAGCAUAAACAACUCAAGAACUGCUACAUUUACAAUAAUGGCAAAAGGGCCAGAAUUGAAAAUAAAGGUUGCUUUAACGGAACAGAAUAUGAUGAUAUCAUGGAUGAAUCAUUACAUAUCAAGAAAUAUGUGGUUUGGAGAGAAGGUAAUUAUGACAUGCGAUGUGGUGACGUUGGAGUUCACAUCUACAGAUGUUACUUAGGUAACGAUAAGAAAAUAUAUGCAGGAACAGCUUGGAUCGAUGCAACUGGUACAAUACAUGUUUGUGGUGAAUGA